GCGUUUUUAUCUAAUAUAAAAUUCAAAAGCGCUUUGAAAACAACGAUAUAUACUUUUAUUACAAUUUUUAUCUAGUAGUAUAAGUAAAGACAAGAUAUUCAAACCAGUUUUAACAAUGUUGGUUCCGGUGCUCAUCGGUUUCUUAGCUUUCAUUGUUGUUGGUGGCCUGCUUGUCUACUUUUUCAAACACAAGGAUGUCCCCAAGAAAGAAUCACUUCUUAGUGAAUUGCAGAAAGUUCGAUACACAAUUGAUACUGAUUCCACAGCAGGAAAACCAGUCGAACUGAGAACAGGCAAGAGACUGGGACACCCGAUGAGUGUGGACGAGAUCCCGCUGUCCUUCGAAGGAGACAUACCCGAACUAGACCUGCACGGGUUCUACGUGGAAGAGGCGUGUGAACUACUCAUCAACUGCUACAAAGUAGUCGACAGCAGAGGAUACAAACUGUUCAAAGUCAUCACAGGGAGGGGUAACCACUCGGAGGAGGGGGGACCCAGGAUCAAACCGAUAGUAGAAGAGAUACUGGACCUGAAUGGUCUGCAGUGGGAAUUUGGGGGAAGAAACAACAGCAACAUAGGCUGCAUGAUAGUGUCUAUCAAAAAAGCCACUAAAUCAUAAAAGAUAUUGGGUGCAAAAUAUUUCAAAACAUGCGCUGUUCUUUGUGCAACUAUGUCACUUAAAUUGUUAAAAAAUUGUA